AUGGAUUAUUUUGGCAUUGAAUAUGAUCAAAAAGUGGAAGAGAUUAAACAUCAAGAGAAUAAACGUAAAGCAUUAUUAUCCUCAUCAUCAUCAUCGACCGUAUCGGAAAAUAUCAUUGAUGAUCAAUAUUUCAAUGGUGUUGAUAAUCAUCAAUUAAGCAAUGCUACUACUACUACUACUACUACUAAACACAAAGUGAACAUCAAAUCGAUACUUCAGCCAAAUGUAUUAUUACAUUUGAAUGAUUUAUGUGAAAUUGAUUCACAGUAUUUUGGCUCCACAGGAUCCAAUCUAAAUCUAAUGGAACAGAUCAGUUCAACAAUCAACAAUGAUUAUAAUAAACCAUCAUUGAUCAUUUCAAAGCCUAAAAAGGUAAAGACUGCUAAAAAGCAUACUCUUCAAUCUUCUACCACUACUACUACUACUAGUACUACUAAUAUUCUAUCUAAAAGUAAUAUAAAUCGAACAAAAGCAAAAUUAGUUGAUAAAGUGAAAACUGAUCUAAUUGAUGAAAAUUUACAUGGAUAUAAUAAUGAUGAUUUAUUGGAAUUUGAAGAAAAUCUUCAUCAUCAUGAUCACAAAGAUGAUGUUGAAUAUGGUGCAGAUGCACUUAAAAUUAUUCGACAAAGAACCGGUUUAAAUUUAUACACUGGUACUACCUUAGACAUACCAUCAAAUAAAAAGAAAUCAUCAAUUCCAGUGAAAUUAGACAGUCAAGGAUAUCGUGUCCCAGAUGAGGAUCCAUAUAAAUUUGAUUUAUUAACCGAAGAAGAAGCUGCCACAGUGCUGUACAAAUCAAUUAUAGAAAUAAGAGAAAAUGUGAUCAUUAUGAAUAAACCACGUGGAAUAGCAUCACAACCUGGAAAUGAUUGUAAAUACAAUAUUGUUGAUUUAUUACCCUGUUUGGAAUCAAUCAUUAGAAAACGAAAUCAUUGUGAUAGCAAAGUAGAACAACAACAACAACAACAACAACAACGAAUUGAUGAAUUAUCAACUGUACAUCGAUUAGAUAAAGAUUCUAGUGGAAUAAUGUUAAUAGCUAGAAAUCGAGAUGCUGCAUUAAAACUUCAAGAAGCAUUUGCAAGACGUUGGAUUAAAAAAGAUUAUUUAUGCAUUACAGUUGGUAUACCAAGAUCAGAUUAUGGUUAUAUUCAAUUACCAUUGAUUGAAAGAAAUUUCAAUGGAAUUCGUAAAAUGUGUACUCCUCAAUUAAAUCGUCAUCUACAAGAAUUAACUUGUCAACAAACACAAUUAGAUGUGAAUAAUGAAUUAAAUGAAUAUGAUGUAACUGAUGCUUUCUCUGUGUUGUAUGAUAAAAUGCAAACAAAUAAUAAUCAACCAACUACAUGGUAUCAUUUAAUUGAUAAACAAAACAAUGCUGCAUUAUUACAAUGUUCCACAUUGACUGGUAUAAAACAUCAAGUUCGUGCUCAUUUAGCAUUUGGUCUACAAACUCCAAUACUUGGUGAUCAUAAAUAUUCUCAUGCAGAAUAUUUAGCUCCACAACGUUUACCAAAAUGUUUAUUAGAAGCACUUCAUGUUAGACAAUCAAAAGUACGUUAUUUAAGCUUACAUUUACAUGCUUCAACGUUACAUCUUCAUCUACCAUCAACACAAUCAACAUCUUUAAAUUUUAGUAGUAGUAGUAGUAGUAGUAGUAAUAGUAGUAAUGAAGGAUUUUUUGAUUUUAUUCGACCAAUUGAUCAUUCUCAUCGUAGUAAAUCUAUCAAUAAUAAUAGUUCUUCAAAAAAUCCAUUAAAAUUCUAUGCUCCAUUACCUAAUCAUUUUCGAGAAAAUUUAAAACGUAUCGGAUUAAAAUUACCGCAUUAUUUAAAAUGUUUACAUUAAAUUAGUUAGAUAGAUAAGGUUAAUGAAUGUUUAAAUAUGAUGAAUGAGUAUGUUGUAUACAAUAGUAUUCCUUUACAUUUGUACUUGUAUAGGUUUUAAUUGUUUUCCAGUUGAUUGUAACUAUUUCACUCUGUGUUAAUUGAUAUUGAUUGUUUUGUGUGCAUUCAUACAUACAAGCAAGUUUUGUAUAAUUCACAGGGAUAUUAUUCAACAAUUAAUCAAUCAACUGUACUCUUAUGCAUAUUUUG